GGAAAUUUGGCUGGAGCGGGGGGGUGCAGGUGUGAGGGUAGAGCAGGGCAGGGCAGGGCUGGGGGUGCUGGGUCAGGGCAGCACCCCCGGGAAGAGCAUGUCACUGUGGUAGGGGGCUCCCUGCAGGCAGGGGUGUCCAUUCCUCUGGGCUCCUGUGCCUGCCUCCUGCCCGGAGACCUUGCCCUGCCCAGAGCCAUCCUACGGUCCUGCCUGCUGCCCUCACCCCACACUCCCUUGGGUGCCCACCCUACAGAGAUCCCCCAUUCUGGGGUGCUCAGGGGCCUUCUGGCUGUACACACAGGGGGAUCAGGAGCACAGACACCCCCAAAGACAUGCACAGUCCCCCCCGAGGCUGUGCCCCAGGGGUCCCUGUGGCAGGGCUGCCUGCCCCUCCGUGCAGGCAGGCAGCGCCUGUGCACACUCCCCUGAUGUGCACCCAGGGCACGGGAGGACAGAAAGAGCAUCUGCCUUUUGUUCCCUUCCUCCUUCUUCCUUGGAGGACCAGCAGUGAACAGCCGCCGGCCUGAGCUCCAUCCCUGCAUGGGGCUUCCGUCUCAUCUCGGCGAGCAGAGAAUUCAGAGGGGAACGCUGGGGCAACAUUCAUCGCAGCCAGGGCCUGGGCUGAGUAUGCCACCCCAGGGGAACCUGGAGAGGCUCGGGGGGGUGUCAGUCCUCUCUGAAUGUGGGUCUCGUCCUCCCUGGGACCAACAGGUCUUAGGGUAUGGCUCAGGGCAGAAUCUGGUCCCUAAGGACAUCCUAUGGGUACAGCUUCAAAGAUUACACAUGUUGGGGGGUCACAGAGAGCAUUGCUGUCUCCCCAGGGCAAGCAGCAGCUGUGUCCCCCACCAGGGUGAAGCCACAUGGAAGGGAUGGAGGGAACCAGGGCAAUGGUGAUGCCGACCAGGCUGGUGGCUUAUACAGAUGCCGCUAAAAGCAGGAUGAGCCCCUCACAAAGCUGCUCCAUGAGCAGAGUGGGUUCUCAUCCUAGGUGUCCCCAGGGAACUGUGGUCUCAUCCACCCUUCACCUGCCUGGAGGAACACAAGAGGGGCAGCCAGCUCCCCGCGAGUCCUUCUCCGGCUGUAGACACAUCUCCGGCCCUGUUAGGUGCCACAUGUCUCUUUUCCCAGACGCUGGGUGCUGGGCAAAGUGACAAAGGGAUUUCACUCACUGAGAAGCUUGUUCCAAGCUUCUCCCAGGGCCUGCUGUUAAUCCUGGGAAGCCUGACUGACCCCGGGAAGCCUGGCUGCCCCUCAGCGCAGCUGCCUGCAGACACAUCCCCAGCGGGAGGGCAGGUCUGUGGGUCAUCCACACGUGUGAUGGUGUCAGAGACACAAGGAUGUCCCCGAGGCCAUGCUGGGAAGUGGUGUCAGAGGGGGGAGCUGGAUGCAGGCAGUGUGUUGCCUGUCCAGGCACUGGGCUCCCCUCUCCGUGCCCCUGCCUGCUCCUCCUGCAGCUUGGCCGCCUGCCGCUGCUUCCCGCAGGGCAGACCCCGCUCUCGGGCGAACAGGCAAGCAGCCCCCAUGGAAAGGCAGCUCGAAGGCGGUUCAGCCUGUGCCCACCUCGGGACCCACCAGGGAUGCUUUCACCGGUGCAUGCUGUCCGUCCUGCCCCAAGGUCCCCAUCCCAGGGAGGUUUCCCAUCCCUCUCCCCAGCAGUGACUGCUGCUGCACUGAGCCUCUCCAGCGCUCACGUUUCACCAGCCAUAAAAGUGUCUGGAGAAGGAAAGGGAGCGGCGGCGGGCGAGGGGAGGGAGCGGUGUCUGUCCCUGCUGCUGCCGCAGACCCUGUCCCACCGCCCAGGGCAGGUGGCUGCUGGUCCCCCUGCGGUGACCCAGCCCCUGGAGUCCUCCUCCACCUGCCCUGUGUGGCUGGAGAGUUGCCCAAAAUGGAUCAAAAAGCCACCAAGAGAAAAUGAGCUGGCAGCGACUCCCCAGCCUGCGAGCCCCCUCACACGGGGCUGCCAGAUGAGGCACAGGGACCAUGGACCAGCUUGUGGGGACCUUGGAAGAUGGGGGUACAGCGGCUAUUGGGGUACCAGAGGCAAGCUCUCCCCGCUCCGCUCCAGCUCGAGCUCAGCUGGCCUGAAGGCCCCUGCAGCCCCGUUUCAUGGUUCAGAACAGUGUUUGCUCACCAACCUGCGCCGCCAGCUGCAGUGACCCCCCUUCUGCCCGAACCCCAAAUGUGGCCAUGACGAUGACAGCUUUGCCGGGUGCAGGAGCAGACCAUGCUGAGACCUUCUGGCAGGAAGGAUGCUUACCACCGCGCUACCUCUUUCUUUUCCUUCUGCAUCCUGAAUGCCCCAAGCCCCCGGUGCCCCCGGUGCUGCCACACACAAGCUUGCCACAGCUCCGCUCAGCCCCCGGGUGCUUUGGUGGCCAGUGGGUCUGGUGUCCCCCGCAGCAGCCCCCCCAGGCUUCCUGUCCAUUCCGGUGCCAGCUGGCUUUGCCAUGGGAUUAGGCGGGAGCACAUGGGGAAAACGCCAAGCAUCUCUCCGGAUCAAACACCCACGGGGCAGCAGGGAGGGGGUGUAAUUCAUCCUUCCCCUCCCCGUGUGAGGCCAGCUGGGGGCUGCCCAGCGCUGGAGCCGGGGUGAGCGUGCAGCCACUGUUUGUUGGCAGCAGGAGGGAGGCGAUCGGGGGAGGCAGUCAGGUGUGGACGAGGUAUGAAGGGAGGCAGGGAUGGAGCUGCGCUCGUGACAGCCGGUGCCGAGCGCUCGCUCGCAUCCCUCCUCCCGCCGAGAUGCAGCAGGGCCGGCCGUCCCUCUGCUGCGUCUCCUCCAUCCGCAGCUCGCAGGGACCACCCGAGCCAGCUGCCGCCGCUCACUUCAGCUUCUGCCGCAGCCUCCUGGAGCACACGGUCUCGGCCGAAAACCUCAACUACCGUCUGCAGAGGAACCCGGGCAGCAGCCUCACCUGGCACGACGGUCGGAGCCAGCGGGCUGACAGCGGCCGCACCGUCAAGCUCCUGCGGCAGCCAGGCACCGAGGGCGCGCAGGGCCGUGCCUGUGACCACUAUGGCAUCUACCACACCAGCCCCACACUGGGCAGCCUGGCCAAGCCGGUGGUGCUCUGGACCCAGCAGGAUGUGUGCAAAUGGCUGAAGAAGCACUGCCCACAUAACUAUCUCAUCUACGUUGAGGCGUUCUCCCACCACGCCAUCACAGGUCGGGCACUGCUGCGGCUGAACGGGGAGAAGCUGCAGCGCAUGGGCAUCGCCCACGAGGCGCAGCGGCAGGAGGUCCUGCAGCAGGUCCUGCAGCUCCAGGUGCGCGAGGAGGUCCGAAACCUGCAGCUGCUCAGCCAAGCUUCUUUUGGAAAUGUCUCCUAGCUGAUCCGUCUGUUUGGCAGAUUGCACCAACACUGUGAAUCGAGCACCUCUGGGAUGGACUGUGCACCGCCGAUAUGAGACCUGAACCAUAUGCCUGGAAUACGAAGAGACAGCUUCCCAGCCACUCCGGGCUCCUCUCCUUCUUCUUCUUUCUCUUUCUUUUUUAUGAAUACAUUUCCGUGCCGAGAUGGGAGGUUUCCUCCAGCAGACAUGGCUCCUGCCUAGAGGGAAAUCAGCAGAACAGCCACUGGGACAGACGAGCUUUUGCCCACCUGAGCUUGUCGGUUCACAGGGAAAGAGAUGGAAAAAAGGGGAUGACGAUGGGCAGGGCUCGGCAUUGCGGUCAAAUCGAGCACAGUUAUUCCCGGGACGGCUCAGAGCCGUGCACAGGACGGUGAAGCAUUAUGCACGUGGGCAACAUCCCAGCACUUGGCAGCUCAUGUCCGUACCUCGGAGCUUAUUUAGGGAGCUUUAGUUUUCUCUUCAGACUGGGCUGUCUUCCAGCAUCCUAGGAGGUCACGUUAUCAGUAGCAAAUAAGAUGACCCAACCAGCCAAAAAAAAAUUAAAAGCAGGGCCAAGCCACCAGCACUUGGCUCCACUUGCUGAGUUAAAAAGGGAGCUGAGUCAUCAGAGCUGGAAAAUCCGAGAGCAAAGGCAGGGUGGAUGUGCCGGGGGUGCCGUGGCCUGCAGGAAGCUGUGCCAGGAGCUCACCCUUCAUCUGUCCUCGUUUGCGGGCAGACGGGGAAGCCAACGCAGAAGCUGGGUGGGAGUAGCCGGGGAUGCUGCCGGGUGGUGCUGGGUGCUGCCAAGGGUGAGGUGGGGGAUUUCUGGGUGUCCCCUGGCCAUGGUGCCCAGCCGUGGUCCCUCCUGCACCCUCUGUGCUUCCACCAGCUCUCCACAGAGCCCUGCUCCUCCAGGCAUUUGCAAAUGCUCAACCCAACCCCAUGCCCAGGGGCUGAUGAUGGUGCCACCAAACCCAGGCACCAUCCCGAUGACCCAGCUCGUCACUAAGGCGAAGCAACGUUUGCCGUUACACCCCCACCACCCCCAACCCCCUGUCCAGAGCCACAGAUCGCUCGUGCAGGCAGGUAAGGAACAACGGUGCAUAAAACCAAGGAUUUGGGGCAGGGUGGGUGCUGUCACCUCCCCACGUUCCCCCUCCAGUGAUGAGGGCAGAGGUAUGGGACCAGGGGGGUCCCGAAACAGCAGCACCUCAAAGCCCCUGGGGAAUCAGAGCUGGCAGGGAUGCGAAGGCAGGUCAUGGUGGCCCCCACCUGGGUGCCCAUCCACCACCCACCUGCUCCUCUGCUGGUAAUAAAACAAGAGACUGUUAUUUUAACGUGCUGCUCUUCUGACUCUUCCCAUGCA